AUGGCUGAUACAGGAAUUUACAUAAAAGUUAUAAGAAAGGAAACGAUAAGAGAAGAUUCGUCGCUUAUUAAACUGAAAAUUACCAAUAAGUCAUCAGAAGUUCGAAAAAUACUUGCAUAUGAUGAUAUUAUUAGAAUGAAUGAUGCAUUUACGAUAAAUCGUAUCAAUCCUGUCAAACCUAUUGAGACUAUUCAUGAUGGAACAGUCGAAUUUAAUUCAAAGGAUACCUGGGAGAAAAAAAUAAAUAUGUUUCUUAAUGCUGAAGCUGGAUUGGUUAAUUUUGGAUCGUUAAGACUUAUGAAUACAAAAAAUAAAAGUUUAGAACCUACUAAUGAAUUUAUCGAAGUUGUUAAAAAAGCCAUAGAAUCACAAGAUCGUGAAAAACUUAGAAAAAUUAUUAAAAGAUACGGUCAAUUCGUUCCUACUAAAGCUUUAGAAUACGGAGAGCGAGAAAUUGUUGAUUUACCAUUACAAGAAAAAAUCUGUGAAAUAAUUAAGAAAGAAGAAGCUGAUUGUAGUAUAUUCGCGACGAUUGUUGGUGAUGAGAAAAAUGAUUUCUAUAACUGUCAAAUCUAUCAUCCACAAAGUACUAUCGAAGCAAACGUAUUUUCUUAUAGUUUGAAAGAGAAUAAAUAUGUUAAAUUACCUCGUAGUUUUAGGUUUCAAGUACUCGUAUCAGGAAAUUCUAAGACUUACGAAAGUAUACACUUUAGAAAAAAGAUGAAUGGUAAUUCUAUUAUUAAUUUAAUUGAUUGCGGAUAUAAAUAUGAUGAUCUACUUUUUAUUAGUUUACUUUCAAACAAAAAUUUUGGACCAGUUUUCUUUUUCUUGAAACAACAGCCUAAACAAAUUAAAUUAAAGUUUAUCGAUAAGAAAAUUUCAUCAGAUGAAUGUGACCUUAGAUGUAUAGUCUUUAAUCCAUUUAGAAGUGGUAUAUUCGCUAAAUUACAAAAACUAGUAGCACCAGUUAUACGGAAACCGGAAAUUUCUAAAAUUACAACCAGUGAAGAAAAAAAAGCAAAUAGAGAUGUAUGGAUCAAAAACAAAAUAAAAGAUGAAGACAUUAAUUUUUUUGAAUAUAAUGAAUUUAGUAACAUUAAAACAAUUGGGGAAGGAGGAUUCGGUGUUGUAAGCAGUGCAGUAACUGAUGAUGGAAAUAAAGUUGCAUUGAAAAGUUUUAUUAAUAAUAAUGAAAUUUCCGAGUUUUUCGAAGAGUUAAGACUUGUUCGCAAGAUUAACUUUCACAAAAAUCUCAACCGUUUUCUUGGAAUAACAAAAGAUCAUGUUGGAAAUUAUAUUCUAGUAUUGGAAUAUGCCAAUGGAGGGAAUUUAAGGGAAUAUUUAAGUAAUAAAGAAAGAUUUGGUUCAUUACGGUGGAAAGAUAAGAUUCAAAUGGCGUUGGAUAUUACUUGUGGAUUAAAAUGUUUGCACUCUAAAGAAAUAAUCCAUAGAGAUUUGCACUCAAAAAACAUAUUAGUGAAUGAUGGUAAAUUAUUAAUUGCAGAUUUCGGAUUAUCUAAAAAAUUAAAUGACGUUACUUCUAAUUCAAUAGCUAAUAACAUGGGAAUGAUUGAGUAUAUAGAACCACAAUGCUUUGAAAUUGAUAAUUAUAAAAAAGAUAAAAGGUCUGAUAUUUAUAGUUUAGGAGUUUUAUUAUGGGAAAUUACAAGCGGGCAACCCCCUUUUUUAAAUUCAAAUAUAUAUCCGUUAACUAGUCGUAUCAGUAAAAAUAUUAGAGAACAACCCAUUGAAGAUACACCUCCAGAGUAUCAAAAACUUUACCAGGAAUGUUGGAAUGGAGAUCCAGAAUUAAGACCUAACAUCGUUCAAGUAUAUGAAAUUUUAAAUCAAUUAAUAUCAAAAUUUAAUGAUGACGUAGUUGUAGAAAUUCCCUCAAUAAACGAUAAGCCCAAUACAUCCGAUAUAUAUAAUUUAGAUGAUAUGAUAAACUCUAUUUAACGUUAACCAAUACAUCUGUAGUUAUAAUUUUAU